AAGCGUGGAGAGCCCGGCCCCGCCCAGUGCGCCAGCUUCCGCCUCCCUGUGGCCGCGGCUUGUUGUUGUGGAUGCCAAAAUGGCGGCUCAGGCGGCUGCCGCUGCCCAAGCGGCGGCGGCCCAGGCAGCGCAGGCCGAGGCGGCCGAAUCGUGGUACCUGGCGCUCCUGGGCUUCGCCGAGCACUUCCGCACUUCCAGUCCGCCCAAGAUCCGCCUGUGCGUGCACUGCCUGCAGGCCGUGUUCCCCUUCAAACCGCCUCAGCGCAUCGAGGCCCGCACGCACCUGCAGCUCGGCUCCGUGCUGUACCACCACACCAAGAACAGCGAGCAGGCUCGCAGCCACCUGGAGAAGGCGUGGUUGAUAUCACAGCAAAUCCCACAGUUUGAAGAUGUUAAAUUUGAAGCGGCAAGUCUCUUGUCUGAAUUAUACUGUCAAGAGAAUUCCGUAGACGCAGCAAAGCCUCUGCUGCGGAAAGCAAUCCAGAUCUCACAGCAGACUCCGUACUGGCACUGCCGCCUGCUCUUCCAGCUCGCCCAACUGCACACACUUGAGAAGGACCUGGUGUCAGCCUGCGACCUACUGGGUGUGGGGGCCGAGUACGCCCGGGUGGUAGGAUCCGAGUACACACGGGCUUUGUUUCUGCUCAGCAAAGGGAUGCUACUGCUGAUGGAGCGUAAGCUGCAGGAAGUCCACCCGCUUCUGACCCUGUGUGGGCAGAUCGUUGAGAACUGGCAAGGGAACCCUAUCCAGAAGGAGUCUCUGCGCGUCUUCUUCCUGGUGCUCCAGGUGACCCACUACCUGGAUGCCGGGCAGGUGAAGAGCGUGAAGCCGUGCCUGAAGCAGCUGCAGCAGUGCAUCCAGACCAUCUCCACACUGCACGACGACGAGAUCCUACCCAGCAACCCCGCCGACCUCUUCCACUGGCUGCCCAAGGAGCACAUGUGCGUGCUCGUCUACCUGGUGACUGUGAUGCACUCCAUGCAGGCCGGCUACCUGGAGAAGGCACAGAAGUACACGGACAAGGCCCUCAUGCAGCUGGAGAAGCUCAAGAUGCUGGACUGCAGCCCCAUCCUGUCCUCCUUCCAAGUGAUCCUGCUCGAGCACAUCAUCAUGUGCAGGCUUGUCACCGGACACAAGGCCACCGCGCUGCAGGAGAUCUCCCAGGUCUGCCAGCUGUGCCAGCAGUCCCCCCGGCUCUUCUCCAACCAUGCGGCACAGCUGCACACGCUGCUGGGCCUGUACUGUGUCUCCGUCAACUGCAUGGACAACGCAGAGGCCCAGUUCACCACAGCCCUGCGGCUCACCAACCAGCAGGAGCUGUGGGCCUUCAUCGUGACCAACCUGGCGAGUGUGUAUAUACGGGAAGGAAAUAGACAUCAAGAGGUAGUAGCUGUACAGCUUGUUGGAGAGGAUCAAUCCCGACCACAGCUUCCCGGUCAGCCCCCAGUGCUGAUGUCCCCACCUCCCUGCAGCUCGCACUGCCUCCGAGCGGCCGCCUUCUACGUGCGUGGGCUCUUCUCUUUCUUCCAGGGACGCUACAAUGAGGCCAAGCGAUUUCUUCGAGAAACUCUGAAGAUGUCCAACGCAGAGGACCUGAACCGGCUCACUGCCUGCUCCCUCGUGCUGCUAGGCCACAUCUUCUACGUGUUGGGGAACCACAGGGAGAGUAACAACAUGGUGGUGCCCGCCAUGCAGCUGGCCAGCAAGAUCCCAGACAUGUCAGUGCAGUUGUGGUCAUCAGCUUUGCUGCGAGGUGAGUAUAGCAGCCAGCCCUUCCCAGCGAUCAGGGCUGCUGGGCAGAGCCUCAGGCUGGAGCAUGCCAGACCUGAACAAAGCCUGCGGGAAUGCCAUGGACGCCCACGAAGCUGCCCAGAUGCACCAGAACUUCUCGCAGCAGCUGCUCCAGGACCACAUCGAGGCCUGCAGCCUCCCUGAGCACAACCUCAUCACGUGGACAGACGGCCCACCCCCCGUGCAGUUCCAGGCUCAGAAUGGACCCAACACCAGCCUGGCCAGCCUCCUAUGAGGCUCCCAAAGGGGCCACCCAGCUUCUUGGGGCCUCCACAGGUCCGGUAUGCCCCGAUCUCCACCCAGUGCGCACUUGAGCUUUCCCUGGGGGCGUGCUGGUGCAGGUAUGCCCUGGCUUCUUUCCUGACUUCUCCAGAGCUUCCAAGUGCCUGGGGAACAUGCAGGGCCACUUCCCGCCUUCCCAGGAGGAGCCAGCCCACCUUUCCCUCCGUGUACCUGGAGCCUUGGAGGUCAGGCUCACAAGGUGGGAUGUUGGAGCUGACCUUGUGGAGCCAUCCUUUGAAGUGGGCUUGAACUGCCAGUCCUGCUUUUCACGUCUGAUCCCACCUCCAAGGGAGUUUGCCUGGUAUGGUAGUGAAGUACCCGCCAGCCAGGUCCUGGUCCCACAGGCCAGGGUGGGCAGUAUUGCCACGGCAUUGCCACUUGACUUCCUAUGCCUGGACCUCUGCCCAGCUGGAGUGUUUCUCCACAGAAACUUCCAGAGGCAAGAUGUCAGUUUCUACCCCAAAACUGGAGGGAGGAAAAUGGCACACAUCGGGGAUAAAAAUGCACAUCCUACCAUGACAUCUUUCCCAGCUUGCCUUUCUCUCUGGUAUCCACCCUUCUGCCAGCCGGGGCCUCAGGUCCUGGGCAGCCUCGGACCUUGGCUUCCAAACAUCUGCUCCUUGACUGGAUUCACCAUCCAGCCGUGGGGGUUCACUUGCUCAAAGACACGGGUGUGCAUGUGACGAUUCACAGAAUUGUGGCUGGUUGCUGAGACCCCUGAGUUGUCUGCACCAGCUGCCUUCCCCCGUCAGCAUCCACACUGCAGGGCAGGAAGAGGGGAGAGGAAGGCCUCUUGGCCCACCUGGAGUACCAGCCAACAGGCUUCCCGGCAGUUCUGCGGCCUCCUUUGUAGAUGGCUGGAGCUCAGCUGGCCCGCAGGUAGUGUCUCCGCUGACACCCUGCCCUUCUCUUGGGGAGAUUCACCUCCCUUGGGACAGCCCUGGAACCUCUUCCUGAGCUGGAUCCCAGGAACUCUGCCCGCCCCAGGCAGCCAUGCUCAGCGCUGUGCUCCUCUUGGAUGGUCAAGGAGCUGCUCCAGCGGUGGUGGUAGCACUGGGGGCACCUGGGAGCAUCUCCCCCCUUGUGGUGAGUGGUCUCGCUCGCCAGUUAGGGCGCCUUGUUGGUCCACAUCUCUUUACCUUUGCACUGUGAAGGUUGCUUCUCAGAAGUUUUGGUGUCUGUGAAGGAAGGAAUGUUGGGAUCGCUCAGGUCAGCUGCUCAGGCCCAGAGGCCUUGGCGUGCCUUAGCCACAAGCAGGGCUGUUGGCAGACCUCCCCCCAUUGGGCCCCUGCCAUCCACUUGCGGGCCAGCAAUGGCCAGGAAAGUGAGCUGCCCGUCAGAGGGGUGGGCUAGCUGAGGCUCAUCCCAAGAGGACCCAGCAUCUCUACCUCAUUCUGGGUUCCCCAGGAGAGGCUGGUCCUGUCCUGCGCUGCUGCCCCCUCCACUGACACCCUUGGGUCCAUAGGCCUGCAGAAAGAGGUGUGGUGCCCAGCCACAAGCUGUCCCCUUUGUCUGCCUCUGUCAGGGGUGCCCCCAGGCCAUCUGCUCCACCCAAGGGGUGGCACCUGUUGGCCUGGACCCCACACCGUGCAGCCUUCCCAGACCCACACCACUUCAGUCAUGCUACGCAUCUUGUUCAUCUCUGUAUAUUUAAAUCUUUCUUUGCUUUUAGGGCAUUUUGUGAAUACAGCAGUUGAAAUAAGAACCUCAGAACUAAACGUCUGUGCUGAUCAAGUGCUUUUAGUGACCACUCUGUUGUCUAUAUGUAUAUAAAGUCAAGGAUAAGUUCUUGAGUUUACAGUUUAAAAUUCAGUACUCAGUAUUUAUACUCCACUGUAGCUAUAUGGAAGCCAAACCGUGUGUACACGCACCUGUGUGCACGUGUGAGCCAUGAGCCUCACCUUGGACGCAGUGUCACCUGAUUACAUAAAGCUGUCACAAAUACCUUCCUGUGAGUCCAGCAUCUAUGCCCCACAGUUUAUCACUCAAUCAUAAGAUGUUAAGACAAGCAGCAAGCAAGCAAGCCCCCAGAGAGAUGUUACACGCAGCGUCAUAGCUAAGGCCUCAAGAAAAACAGAUAAAUAAGAACCACAAGCCUGUCAGCAUGCAGGGUCUCCAGGGAGCAGCAGGAAAUUCCUGUUGGCAGGUGAAUUACUGGACAGACCCCUGUGCACCCCUCACCUCCCUCUAUGGGCAGUCGUGGCCCACCGGUCUGCAGGUCUGGGGAGCAGGUUCAGGAGGCACCGGGUCCCUGCCUGCCCACUGCGAAGCGAGGGUCCUCUCCCCAGGGUAAGCACCCCCCAUCCCACUUGCUGAAAACACUGACGGGGAUAUAGGGUAAGGGCUCCCUGGCAUGGAGGGUAAAUCUCUUGCUUGCAUUUGUCUCUGUUUCGUUAAGGGUUUUUAAUAAGUAACGUUUGACAUAAUGUCUUUUAAUGGGUUCAUUAUAUCUUACAGUUUUGGCAGCCUGUAACUCCAGCUGGUGCUUUUAAUCAGAAAAAAAAAGUUUAUAAGUACAAAACAUUGUUUAAAAGACAAAACCAUAGAACAUAGCUUCCCAUUUGUGGCUUUCUUUUGCUAUAUAUUCAAAGUAAAAUAAACUGCGGACACCAUCA